AUGAGGCGAGGUCAUCCAGGCGUCGGAGGAUGGCGAAAUGAAAAUCAUAGGCAUUUUAGGCCUAGAGCUGGUGGUGCACCCCGUUUUAGACCGCCUAGAGCGUAUUCACUAUUGGAGAUCCCAAGAUUCCCGCCACCCGGUCCACGACUACCCAGAGGUCCGCAUACUUACAACGCUCAUUUAAACGAACAUGGAAUAUCCGAUAAUCAUGAUAGACAGAAUUAUAGACCCCCAAGUCAUCAUAACAACCCUAGGCUACAAGACAGACAUCAACAAAGACCAAGAAAUGUUUAUUCAUACACAAAUGUGAACUAUAAAAAGGAUGAUACUAUCCAAAACCAUUCCUAUAAACAUUCAUCAAACUUCUAUAAGGAUGCGCAGGGUGAAUUGCUUCAUGUAAACAGUCAUGGCGAUGUUGAUCAUAGGCAGCUCAGUACCACAACUCACAAUCAAGAUUCUUUUAAUCCUCCCAUGUUAAAUCCUUGGAUUGAUCCACCUCCAAACCAAAGACAUUUCUAUGAAGACAGAAAUCAACCAUAUAGACCUCAUGACACAGAGCGGCAUCAUGCAGAAGGCAAUAAAAUACCUUCGUUUGAUUAUACAGGUCACAGACCACCUUCUUCAGAUUACUAUGGUAGUACAUCUAGCACAACUAUUAACAACAAUGAUACCUCAUUCAGUCGAUCAGUUAAUGAUACAGUAGAUAUAGUGCGGAAAAGGCUGAUGAAUCGUAGUGAUCCACAACCGACAAUGCAGGAUGCCUCAAACAUUCAAAAUAAUAGUGAACAAGAACAAGGAAGGAAUACGGAUCAACAUACCUUGCAGGAUCCACCAACAAAAAAGAGAACACCAAGACAGCGACAAAAUGUUAAAUCGAAUUGUGAUAAAAUGAAAUCUAAUAUAGUUAAUGAACUAUUUAAAAUGGACAAAGAUAAGAUGCACAAGUUAAUGGAUGAUCCAGGAUCAUCAUCAAAGUUUGAAUAUGCUAUCAGCAGUUUAAUAACUGAAUCCCAAAAUAGUCUUAACCGCCACUUGAGGUCUGUUGCUGAGAAGUCUCUAGUCAGUACCUGCAGUGAUGAUUUUAUCCAUAAUGAUAAUAACACCAUUUAUGAAGACACUUUUAUGAAACAGAUGCAGUGUCUGUUAGAUCCUCAGGAUACGAUUUUACUAGAAGAUAUUAAACCUCUCGUAAUGGCUGAACUCAGUAAGGUACUUCAGCUAGAUGAUUUUGAGCCCUAUACCAGAUAUGACGCUGACGAUCAAAGGUCUCAUGCAAUAGGAGAAGUUCCUCAGAACUAUCCUAAUUAUGAGAAUUUUAAUUAUGAUGAGUUUCCUCAAGAGGUAAAUUAUGAUAUUGAUCUGAGAGAUUCAUCUAAUUAUGGUGAUGUCACCCAAGCUGAGGUGUGUGAUGAGAAUGGUUCUAAUUUUAAAUAUGAAAAUCAAACGAAUGAAGAUGAUUACCAUAACAGUAAACCUAUUUUUGAAAGACGUACAUCAAGACAUAAUGAUCCCAAUCAUGAAAACCGCCGAUUAAGUGUGGAGAGCCAUAGACAAAGGAAAAGCAUAGAUAAUGCAAUUGAUGAAACAUUCUCCCCUGAAGAACCAGUUCCUCCACUUUUUAACUCAAAUACUGAAGUUUUCUCUGAGGAAGAGGAUACAUUUGCUGAAUUAGACAGGCAGUACCACGUUGCUGUUGAUCCCAAUUUUCUGGAAGAUGUGUCAGCAAGAACAACACCAAACUAUAUGCUCCAAGUAGAAGUAAAUCCAGCAAGUGUCAAAAAAGAAGUUAAUAAUCAAUUACAGUCAUCUAAAAGCCUAUUAGAGUCAGUUGGUAAUAAUGUCAAAAAUAACAGAGAAAUCAAUGUACUAAAUAUUAAAGAGGAACCCUUACAAUCUCCAGACUUUCCUAAAGAGAACAGUACACCUAUAAAUAGUGACACCAUUUCAUGUAGAAUAGAUCAUGUUAACAUGAAACAAGUCCAUGCUGCGAGAUGUAAUGAUACAAGUAGGGAAUCGGAAAAAUCAAAAAGUUCAAGUAUAAGCAAAACAUCAGCAUCAAAUAGUCGUAAAAGGUCCAUAGACCAAAGACCAUCGCAUCGAAAAGAAAAACGCAAAAAAAGUGAAUCGAGUUUUUCAGAUAGGCAUGACAAUAGCAAUUCAAAAGAUAGACAUUCUAAAUGUACAGCAACAUACAAUGAUCUCCCAAAGUCGUCCUAUUACAGUAUAUUUAGAUCUAAAGAUGACUAUAGUAAACAAUGUUCAAAGGACAACAAACGGAACAACAACUCACAAAAGGGAUAUUCAGAAAAAUAUGUUAAAAGGAAACAAUCUCAAAAAUCAAAAAAUCGAGAGCCACGUAAAAAUCGCACUUCUAGUUCAUCCAGUCAAACUAUUUUAAGUCCUAAAGAUUGCAAUAAUACUAGUAUAACACCAGCGAAAAGUGUUUCUAAAACUAAACUUAAGCCCAUAGACAUGUUUGUAGAGCAAACAAAAAAAGUGUCUCUACACCAUGCACAUAGAAACACUGCUACGACCCCUGCAACUCCUACAACACCUGUAGUUGUAGCUGCUCCUAUAACUCCUGCUGUUGAAGACAAAGCUAAACAAGUGAUACCUUCUCCACAGAAGAUAGUGCAAACCAAGCAUGUUUCAACCCAAGUUUUUAAAAGAGUGAUAACUAAGGCGACACAGACAGUUGACACUAAUACCUUACACAGUCAACAUUGCCAAACAGAAAAUCCUGAAGUUCUUUCAGUGGGUAUUCAAACCACUCGUGUGUUUACCACUAAAGCAGAAACUGAAACAAAAGAUGCAUUUGAGAGAAUGAAACAAAUAGAUUUAGAAAUACAAGAAUUGCUACGAGAAAAGUUUCAAUUGUACAGUAAUUUAGAAUCUAAUAAUAUGGGUCCACACGAAGAACAGUCUUACCUUAGUGUGACUGUAUUAAAUGUUGCAGCUAUGGAUCACCAAGAGCAGCACAUAGAGCUUAAGGACCAUAUUGAUACUUCUCCAGUAGAUAAAACCAAUUCAGAACUCAAAGUAAAAACAGAUAUUAAAAUGGAAAAUGAAAGCAGUGUAGAAUCAACUAUGACUGCAGAUGCAAUUGUAGAUGACUUUACUAACAUACCAGUUGAAGAAUUGGAGCAAAUAGCUUUAGAAACUGUAACUGAAGAUAUAAACUUCGAUGAUGCUAAAGUGGAAAAGCGGAAUGCACGUCAUAAAGCAUUACUAGAGGAAAGAAUGACUUCUGAAAGUCCAAAGUCUACAUCUAGUAGAAGGAGCAGUAAAAAAGCAAAGACACCAAACAUAUCUUUAUUAGAGCAGAUAAUAACUGAUGAUAGACCUCUAGAAGACAUUAUAUCUCUUGAUGAUCUAGAAGAACCCCGUCAGACACGAAAAAAAGCUCUCAAAUCUAAACCAAAGAAAACCACUACAAAGAAAUCAAAAUCUAAAAAACAAAUUGAUAAUAGUCCUUAUGUCUUAAAGGAAUGCUCAGUUAUACUUAUUCAGACAGACAUUAGCAAGUAUUUAAAUGAAACAUCUACUAUGGCUCAGGAUGAAGAACUACCUGUAGUGAUAGAUAAUAUUGUUACUUCGGAAUCUUCUGAAGAGUCUUUAUUAUUCAACAAAGAGCCUCCAGAAACUCAAAAAAGUUCUGUUCCCAGAGAAAUCAUUGAAGAGACAGUUGUUAAUGAUUUGCAAUUUGACAUGCUAGAUGUGUCAGAAGAUAUAGUUAUUGGAGAAAGCUGUGAGAUAAAAGACAAAGAUUCAAUUGAACCAACAGUUGCUAUAAGCGAGGAUCUUAUACUUGACAACAGCCAGUCAUCAGCUGAUGACGCGUUAGUGGGAGAUUCAUGUCAAGCAGAAAAUGAAUGUAAAACAUAUGACUACUCUACUGAUGAGGAGCUACGACGUGACUCUCUAACAGUUACCGGAAAUGUUGAUGCUGUACUUGCAAUAGAGUGCAUCGAAAGCGACUUUAUAGCAGCCUGUUUGGAUGGGAACGUCUACCACUUUAGCGGUGAUGGGCUGCUACUGAAUACAAUGCGAGGGUCAAACCUGGCAGUCACCUGUCUAACCAUAGUGAAGGAGAAGUAUGGCACAACUGUGUACACAGGUUCUCUGGACUCUCGAAUAAGAUAUUAUGAUUUGAAUACGGGUUUGGAGAAGGGACCAGAGUGUAAUGUUCUUAGUCCCAUACAAACCAUGGAUCGAGCGUGGGAUACUGUAUUCGUCGGAACGAGGACUGGGUUUGUGCUUCAGUUUGAGUGCAAGAACAACAUGCUUAUACCAGUAAGCACAGUGAAAUUCUCUGAACAAGCUAUCUUGGCACUUCGGGCCAUGAAGGAGGGUCCUCGCAAAGUUCUUCUAGUCGCCUCUCGUUCGGAGAACGUCACCAUCAAGGACGCGCAGACUGGACUACUGCUGCGCACACUAGCGGGACCCAAAAUGACAGUCUACACAUUGCUUUUUGAAGAUGGAAAAGUGUAUUGUGGAACCAGUAGUCAUCAAAUCCAUGUAUUUGAUUAUUCCAGCGGCACCCACACGGGCUGCCACGAGGGCGGGAAGGGCGCGGUGUGCCUGCGCGCGACGGGUGGGUUACUGUUCGCGGGCUGCUACGACGGCUGCGUGUACGUGUACCGCGAGGGCGAGACGCGCCCGUUGGCACAACUAAGAGGACCCAGCUUAAUGCUGCUGUCCCUCGCGGUCGUCGGGAGUAAGAUUAUUGCCGGAUACAAGGAUAGAAGUCUGUACAUUUGGAAAAUACCUUUAAGUAUACUACAAGAAAUGAUUUUAUAA